AUGCCCGAACCAAGCAUUGAGGUAGUUCGUGACCACCUACGUAUUAUCAACUCUGCCGCCAUGCAAUCACAUCUCAUCCAAAGUGGCCAGAGUGCCGAGUAUGCCGCCAACUUUGAACAAUCAGUCCAAGAGAUGAGGAUGUCCCCUGCACCUGGCAACAUGAGCCUGGCCAUCAAUUUGUUCAUUGACAAACAUAGAAGGAUGGACUUGAGGUCGGACACUAAUACGGUCUUCAUUAUUACCAAGUCCUUGGACAACCCCAUCGCGACGACCACCGACCAGGUCUGUAUUGAUACUGCAAAUGCCAUCCAGACCAUUGUCCAACUGGGUGUGGAGGUGAUUGCCGUUGAGUUGACCGACACCCCAAAGGCCGCCACAAUACCAAAUGUACCCAAUGUCAACUACAUCACAGUGGAUGCAUUCCGCCUGCGCAUUGAAUCAAUCAAGCCCUCCACCAACCCACUGUGCAUCCGAGUGUUCCCUGCCGAGGACAAGAUCCAAAUGAUCAACGAUGACGUCCGUCUCAAGAUGUUGAUUGAGUGUGAUGAUGGCCCACUGCCCGCCGACACCGUGAUCGAAUUCCCCGACAACUUCUUCUACCGCCGAUUCAAAUUCACUACGCCGCCACCCAAGGAAGGCGAGACCGUGACCAUGGUCAACGUGCACCUUCGUGUGAUCAGGAGAUAUGACUUUGCCAUGCCACCACCUCGAACCUUCUUCACAGUUCACAUGCCCAACAGCAACAAUGUGAUCAAGGGCUUCAUUGAGAUACCCGUGGCCCUGUUCACCAAGGAGUUCAUGAAUGACUAUGGCAUCUUCUUCCUGCUCGAUGGCAUCUAUGGUGUUGGCAAAUCAACCCUUCUCAAUGGAAUCUACAACAUCUUCACAAUGGGCAGGAUUGUACAUCAUAUUGUUACCUCCAAGGACAGCUCACAACAUUGUACAUUAUGUUAUAAUUAUAUAUCCAUUCGAGAUUAUUUGGAAGCAGAGGAGUAUAAGCCAAGAUUGAUAAUGGAUAUCAUCAAGAAUCUCAAUGUUGUAAUGGUGGAUAAGGCUGGAAUCAGUUUCAAAAUGAAUGGAGGCCGUGACAACUACAUUGACAUGGGCUCACAGAUGAAGGGUUGUUGCUACGAUGGAACAAACGUGGCCGAUGACUCCCAGAAGCAAGACCCCAAUCCAAUGUUUGCCGUGGAUGCCUGCGUGUUUGUGGCCACCAUCACGUCGUUCAAGAGGGAGGAGGUCGAGUCCCAGGAGCUCAAGGCCAUCAAAGACAAGCUGUGUGAGCCGACCAAGUAUGGCCAACAAUCAAUCUUGGUUGUGACCAAGGGUGACCUCCAGACUGCACGUGGAUUGGAGGAGCUCAAGCGAGGCGUGGCAGACUGCGCCGCACACAAGUACAACGUGUUCUACAUCAACAACUACACGGACAACACUCCAUAUCGCGACAUUGACAAGGACCACAGCCUGUUCCUGCUCCUACACAAAAUCAAAGAGGUGGCCCGCAACAGAGUCACCAAUAACACGAUCAAGAAGAACACAAACAAGACACUGCAGGAGAGGCCAACUUGUACGACAUCAAACACCACCACCUCGACGACCAGCACACGCAGCUACGCUCCACCACUGGCCGUCCACAUGCCAGAGCCGGUACAGGCUGUUAAUGUCCCGUCGGUCAGCCAGGCACCAGUCGGAGACAAAGUCACCAUAACAGUGUUGAUGGCCACUGAUGAGGAGGACAUCACAGUUACCAGCACUACAACACUCAAGCAGAUCAAAGAUAUCAUCUCGAGUAGAUUUGGAAUUGAGAUCAACGACUAUGUAAUCAAACAUGAUCGUGAACUACUUUGGGAUGACAAUCACACCUUUGAUCAAAGUUGUAGGAUCACCGUUGCCAAGAAACUAACAAAGCCUGUCAUUGCACCAGAUGCAGAAGGUACUGCCAGUCUCUAA